AUGCCCCUUCUCCAAGUUUUUUCAAAACUUGCAUGUUGCAAAUACGAUUUAAAUGAAAAACUCAAAAAAAAUUCACGGGUUAAUGACAUUCGCCGUUGCAAUAGAUUGGUAAAUUUCAACGCAUUGGUAUACGUCAGAGAUGAUUCCAAAAUUUGUACAUUCCAAAAUCCGAAUUCCGGAUUCCGAAAAAAUUGUUCUAUUCCGAAUUCCGGAUUCCGUACAUUUUUCAUUCCAGAUUCUGAGAAAAUUUUAUUUUCAGGGAUGAAGAAUUCCGGUUUCCGAGACAAUUAUUUAAUUCCGGAUUCCGUUCUCCAAAUUUCGUUUCUCUAA